AUGGCGGAAGCAAUGACUGUCGACGCCUCACCCGAGCGCGCCGCCACCUCGUCGAGCACGGCGCUCAACCUCGACGGCAUCCUGCUGCUCGAAGCGCCCUUCGCCAAAGUACCCUUCGACGAGCUCCGACGCCAGCAGAAGACGCAACAACGUCUCAUCGAGCGUGAACUCCAAUAUGCCACCACGACAUUCUCGGAAGCCACGAAGCCGGGUGGUUCGCGCGCCGGUGAGGUGGACAAGUCGCUCGACCUUGUGCUUGGGCGACUCAAGGGGCUGAAGCGCAAGCUGGCGCCGCUUUCGGAGCAGGCCAAGUCGAGCCUACGCAUGGCGCAGAGUCGCACGGACCAUUUGGCGAACCUGCACACCAUGGCCGAUGCCGAGAGUGUCGAGUUUGGCGAGUGGGCACGCACGAGGCUCGACCGGAUGAUCGUCGAUUAUAUGCUGAGGAGGGGGUAUCGCGAGGCAGCGCAUGCCCAUGCAGCACAGAAGGGCAUCCAGGAUCUGGUGGAUGUGCAGCUUUUCGACGAGAUCGCAAGGAUCGAGGACUCGCUUUGUCCGCCGGACUGGCAUCGUGCAACACAGCAUGCAGCGCACGAGGUACCGGAGGGCGUGACGAGGCCAAGCUGUACGGCGGCGCUGGCAUGGUGUUCGGAAAACAAGGCCACGCUGCGCAAGAUCCGCACGCCGCUCGAGUUCAAUCUGCGCAUGCAGGAGUUCAUUGAGCUGGCGCGCGUGCGCACCUCGGAGAGCAUUCGAGACGCCAUUGCAUAUGCUCGCCGCCACCUGCUGCCUCUCGUCACCGCUUCGAAGUCCACCACAGCAGCAUCGGAGGAGGCUGAAUACGAGCGGCUGGCAGCGGAAGCUAUCCGAAAGGAAGUCAGUCGUGCACUCGGGUUGCUGGCUUGUGCGCCGGGGAGUUGGGCAUAUGCGGAUCUGUACAGUGUAGGGCGAUGGGCGAUGCUGCGCGACUCGUUCCGUGCCUGCGCACUGCAGAUCCACAGUCUCCCCGCCCAACCGAUCCUUCACAUUGCCCUGAGCGCAGGACUGUCGAGUCUCAAGCUGCCGCAGUGCUGUCGCCCCCUGGGGGAUGGGGGCAAUGUCGACUGUCCCGUGUGCGAUGGCAGGGGCCUCGGCGUGCUCGCCAGACAAGUGCCGUGGUCGCAUCACCAAAACUCCACCCUCGUAUGCAGCGUGAGCGGCAACAUUAUGGACGAUAACGAUCCACCCCUCGCAUUGCCCAAUGGACGCGUGUAUGCGCAGUCGACCAUCGUGGAUCUCGUGCAUAAGGGCGAUGGAUCCACCAUCGUGUGUCCGCGCACCGGCGCGCGAUGCAGUCUCCACGACGUACGCAAGCUCUUCAUCUCGUGA